GUCAUGUCCACCAAAAGGAGUCGUUACGAGUACUUUGUCAGGAACACAGAGCAUCUUCAUUCCGUAACUUUCAAACUCACCAUCGAUAAUAGGUUAGGGGAUUUUGAAGACCUUAACGAUGAGUGUUGUAGCGAUCUGUGGACUGUGAAAAUCUUUUGUCUGCCAUUCCAAACUAACAAAUUGGUCGAAAUUUUCUGUAUAUACGGAAUUGUGAUGAGUGAUGCAAUUUGAGGAAUUGGGUUGUUGUUGUAAAAUCCGAGAAUGGUGUUAGUGUUGGCAAUUGGGGAUCUUCACAUCCCACACAGGGCACCAGAUUUACCUCCUAAGUUCAAAUCCAUGCUUGUUCCUGGCAAGAUUCAGCAUAUUAUUUGCACUGGCAAUCUCUGUAUCAAAGAAGUUCAUGAUUACUUGAAGAGCCUUUGCCCUGGCUUGCAUAUUACUCGCGGUGAAUAUGAUGAAGAUGCCCGUUAUCCAGAAACCAAAACACUUACAAUUGGACAAUUCAAGCUUGGGCUGUGCCAUGGUCAUCAGGUUUACUUUUCCUUCUAUCGUUAUUUUUAAGAGGUUUGGGAUGGUGACCAGUUUUGAUUCUUUUGAUCUAAAUGCAUGAAUGUAAUUUUUCUUAAUUGAACCUCAAAAGUAUAUUUGCUUCAGCAUAUAGUGAAGAAUAUAAUUCUAUUAGGCAUCUAGUCUGAGAUAUCGAUGAUUUUAUACCAGUAAAAAUCGUUUGGUAAUAGUAUCAUUGUGUUUUGUACUUCUAUCAAGUGCUACUCUUUUUACAGGGGUUUUAAAUGAUGCAAUCCUUCAAUGUUUAAUGUUUUUAACUGUAGCUUCAAUUACAUCAUUUUGGUUCUGUUUGUGAGCCUUCUGUGGUAAGGCUGUGCUUGGUUUUCCAGAGAGUAGAUUUGGUAGUGCUAUUGGUAAUCCUUCUGAUAAAUGAGAAUGAAGGACAAAUAGGUACUUCGCUUUGAACAAAGCUCUGCUGAUUCAUUGUAACGGGGGGUAGCUUUCUUUCCUGUACUGGAAUGUCCCCUUCUAGGAAAUUGUUAGCCAUAUCAUCUUUGAUUUCACAAAAUCUAAUAUGAUCACCUGCAUAAUUCUGCCAAAUAUUUGAUGUAUUCAUCCAUGUAAGUUGGACAACUUAUCAUAAUUUUUAUGUUGACAAAUGCUUAAUAUGAAUAAUGAAGCUCAACAAAUGUCAUCAGUUAUACAAUAAGUGCUAUCAGCACUGUUCUAGUUAUAUUCUUUGCAACUACAUUCUUUUCAUCUACUGGAAGUUCCCUUUGCAUGUUCGAGUUUUGUUGUCCAUUGCAGUCUUUAGUGCAUGCAUGCCCAUCGGAUCACAUUUCCAAGAAUGUCAGACAUUGCUCUGUGAGAGGUAUUUGCACCAGAUAGAUCAUUGGAAGAGUGUUGGAGAAGUGCCAUCAAGGUGUCCUUAAUUGUUGCAAAUACAUUUUCAAAUUAUGGAGUGGCCUCGUUUGGAAACAGGUUAUUUUAUUAACUUUUUGAUUUUUUACAAAAAGAUAUGCAGAAAAAUAGAGAGUGUGAUGUGACAACUUAUAGUGACCUUUUAAACUCAUUUUCAGGCGAAUCCAAAGGAAGUGUUGGUGUAAUAUGCCUUCUCACUAGAAUUGCCCUUUUUUCUUAGCAGUGCCAUGCUUGCUUAGUUAUUAGUUUGCUGCAUGAUCCUGCAAAUUUUGGAAGUGGUUGGGUAGCUUAACUUCACGAAAGCUGUUAAUGGAGAACUUCCUCAUCUAUUUUGGGUUUUUUCAUGGAAUACGUAGUUGUCACCUAAUUAUCGCUUUUCUUGUGAUUGAAGCAUAGUAGUAGCAGAUUCACCCAAAAAGCAUAGUAGUAGCACAGUGGUUUUCCAUGCCAGUCACCAGUUCUGCUGGUUUAUCAUUUUUCCUGAACUCCAAGUGGAGUAUACUGCUAUUGAACAUUUAUUUUGCUGAAUUUGUAUUUGUUUAUCUUGUUCAUUUUGUAUCUUUAUAACGAAUAAAUUCUAACCCAUUCUUAUUAUCUCUUUAUGUUUUGACGGUUGUCCCAUGGGGAGACCUUGAUUCUCUAGCCAUACUCCAGAGACAGUUAGAUGUGGAUAUUCUUGUUAGUGGUCACACCCGUCAGUUUAAGGCCUACAAACACGAGGGUGGGGUUGUCAUAAACCCCUGGUCUGCGACUGGUGCAUACAGCAGCAUCACAUAUGAUGUGAACCGAAGUUUCGUGCUCAUGGACAUUGACGGCCUGCGUGUUGUUGUCUAUGUUUAUGAACUCAUUGACGGAGAGGUGAAGGUUGACAAGAUAGAUUUUAAGAAGAUGAUCGCAACUGCAACACAAUGACCUAAGCUUCUUUUGGGAUUCCACUUCCAUGGCACCAACCCAAACUUGCAACAAUCUUUUGGUGCUGUUCCUAUGCGUCUUUUGUCUACACAGUCUCACCGCUAGUUUGCAUUCACAUUGGCAUAAAAGGAGAGACCAUACAUGUUCAGAAGGUUGGUUGAAUCAUGAUGGUGGUAUACAUAACGGUAUAUAUACCCAUGAAGAAACCCAGAUCAGCCCAUCACCUGUUUCAAACCCUAGUCUUGAGUCGAAAUUCAAAUCAGGGAGGAAAGACCUAUAUGCAAUGCCUGCAUUUUUUAACGGCACUAUGUAUUCUGCUAGAUCGGAUGGGUUCAUCUAUGCCAUUAAAAUCAUCAAUAGUUCAGUCUUGUGGAAAAAGGACCUCCAAAAGCUAACUGGCCUUAAUGCAACUAUCCACCCUGGCAAUGGCACCGCCACGGUGUUGGCUUUAACUGUGGCCUGUGAUCUCCUCAUUGUCGGGAUAUAUGGGCCAGCUUUGGUUGUUGCCCUAGAACGUACCACCGGGAAGCUUGUCUGGUCAACCCUGCUCGAUAGCCAUCCAGCCGCUGUUGUUACCAUGUCCGGAACAUUUCACAACAGAAGUUUUUACGUUGGAGUAUCCUCGCUAGAAGAAGAAGAAGUGAGCAAUCAGAAAUGCUGCACCUUCCGCGGAAGCUUCGCGAAGCUGGUUAUCGAAACAGGCGCUAUUCAGUGGCAGACCUUCAUGCUUCCCGACAACAACGGCACCACCGGGCAAUACGCCGGAGCCGCCGUCUGGGGAAGUAAUCGUCCUCUGAUCGACACUUGCCGAAACGACGUCUACAUCGCCACCGGAAACCUAUACUCAGCUCCUCUCACCAUACGACAGUGCCACCAAAACCGGAACAAUCGAACCGUCCCUACUCAUCCGGACCGGUGUGAGGAAGCUGAGAAUCACUCCAAUUCUGUGAUGGGUCUGGAUUUGGAGUCUGGUGAGAUCAAGUGGUAUAGACGAUUUGGGGGUUAUGAUGUGUGGUUCAUUGCUUGCUUUAUUGGUUCCAAACCUGUUUGCCCGCCUGGCCCGAUUGUGGAUGCUGAUUUCCUUGAAGAUACUCCGAUGGCGCUUACUAGUGUGUGUCUUAAUGGAACAGAGCGUGGUAUCGUCCACGCUGUUCAGAAAAGUGGGUUUUCUUGGGCUUUAGACCCUGAUAAUGGCAACAUAGUGUGGUGGAGUACACAACAAUAAUAAUAAUAAUAAAUUUGCGGAGUUACUUUUGGAUUAA